UCAAAUUGAAAAAACGAGCAAAUCCUCGAAGCGGAGCGAAACUCAAUUUCUUUUUUUUCCCUCCUGCAAACGCUCUUAUUUGUUGGACCGUAAAAAAAGAAAAAAAAUUGUGAGAGAGGGAAGUGGAUCUUAAAACCCUAGGGUUUCAAUUCCUUUCUAAUUUAUAAUCCAAUUCUGUUUCUAAAUGGAUGCCGAAGAAGAUGAUUCUUCGUAUCACGACCAAAAAUCUUCUUUGUAUGUUGAUGAUGGAAACUUAGAUGUUAAGUGUGACACCAAUCGGGAGCUUCAAAGCAAUGAAGUACAGCAUUGUGUGUCCAAGUCCUCAAUUAUCGAAACGGAGUUUCCAUCUAAUACCGGCGUGGAAUCUUUACCACCCAGAGAUGCAAUUCUUGGCGAUGAGAUUCUUGCCGUGGAUACUUAUUCAGAGAUGAAGAAGCAGGAUUUGAUUGAGGAGACAGAGAUAGCAGAGGAGAAGGAUUUUCGCAAUAUUAUUGAGGAUAUGGCGGAAGAUUCAGUGAAGUUGGAGAUUGAGCCUGAUAUUGCGGAGGUGGGGUUAUUGGGGAAAAGGGUUUUCGCUGAUGUGAAAAACAAUACAGGGGUGGCGGAGGAGGAGAAGGCUUUGAAUGAAUUUGCUGAAGGUGAGUUGUUACCUGAAAUGGUUUUGGUUGGUGGCGCUGAAGAUCAGGUUGAGGGCAACGUUUUAAUGGCGAAUUUUUCAGAAGAUACGGUCGUAGAAGGUUCAGCUACAGUUGGCUGUGCAGAGACAACGGAGAAGACGUGUCUGAGUGAUGUUUUGGCUGAGGAAACGCUUGCAGAAACGACUCUUUUUGUGCAGGAUGUAGAUGUGACUGAUGCUACCAAUGUGGUGCAGAAGAUAGAGGUGGAAGAGAAUGCCGAUGACCUUAAUGACUCGAAGGAUACAGAGGUGCCAAAGCAAGAAAAUUUUGCUGUGGAGGAAAGGGAAUUAGGCGUCUUGGUGCAGCUGGCGGAAAACUCCGAGUUGAAAGUUAGUUUGGUAGAUGAGGCUGUGGGGGAGGAGGGACGGAUGGCAAAUUUGGCAGGCAGAACUGGUGAAACGUUGAAGAUGGAGAAUGUCUCAAACACCAUUGAUGAGGUGGGGCUGACACAUUUCGCUGUAAAAAUAGGAAAUGCUGAAGACAAGACUGUUGAGAUGGACGGAAUGUGUAUGGAAGACAAGGCUACUGAUGUGGCGAUGAUGGAGAAUUUGGCAGAUGAGACCCCAGAGAUCAAGGGAGUGGACUUAGCAGACUACACUAUUGAAGAGUUGAAGAUUGAGAACGUGGAAGAUAGGGAAGCGGGGGUGCAAGGAUUGGCUGUGGCCGAUGAGAGCCCUGUGGUUGGGAAGCUUGAGAAUACAGCAGAUGAGAAUGCAGAGGCUGAGGGAGUAGUGCAAGUGACUGACUAUGAAGUCAUAAAAUCGGAGAAUGUAGAAGAAGACAAGACUGCACAAGGGGAGGAAAUAGCUAUGGCAGAAGAGAGUGCGGAGGCAGAUGGCAUGGUAUAUUUGGUGGAUGAAGGGAUUGGAUCAGAGGAGACGGAUGCAACCAUGACAUACUUGGUUGAGGAAACGGAAGCAGCAGAGGAGGUUGAAGAGAUGGAUGUUACAGAAGAGGUGGAUGAACCAAAUAAAGGUAGCAGUGGGUCUAAAAGGAAGCGUGGAAAGAAUUCUAAAGCUCCAGCUAGAGUGCCUUCCAGGAAGAAGGUGGAAGAAGAUGUUUGCUUUAUUUGUUUUGAUGGGGGUGAUCUUGUACUCUGUGAUCGCAGAGGUUGUCCCAAGGCAUACCACCCGGCCUGUAUCAAUCGUGAUGAGGCAUUCUUCCGAGCCAAGGGUCGAUGGAAUUGUGGUUGGCAUCUCUGUAGUAACUGUGAGAAGACUGCCCACUACAUGUGUUACACAUGUACUUUUUCCUUGUGCAAGGGCUGCAUAAAAAAUGCUGUUAUUUUGUGUGUUAGAGGGAACAAAGGCUUCUGCGAGACAUGCAUGAGAUUUGUUAUGUUGAUUGAAAAGAAUGAGCAGGGGAAUACAGAAAAGGGCCAAAUCGAUUUUAAUGACAAAAAUAGUUGGGAAUAUCUUUUCAAGGAGUACUGGACAGAUCUGAAGGGAAGCCUUUCUCUAACUUUUGACGAACUUGUUCAUGCAAAAAACCCAUGGAAAGGAUCUGAGACACUAACUAGCAAACCUGAUUCACCUGGUGAGCUAUGUGAUGGUAAUGUUGAUCGAGGAUCAGAUUUGGAUGUUUCUGAAAAUGAAGAAUCUGGUAGUUCUAAAAAAAGAAAAGCUAAGAAAAGGUCAAAAUCUCAAGCAAAGGAAAUUAGUUCACCUACAAUACCAGCUAAACCUGAUUCUCAAGGGCUAUCCACGGAUAACAAUGUUGAGUGGGCAUCUAAAGAGCUCUUGGAAUUUGUAAUGCACAUGAAGAAUGGUGAUAAGACUGUUUUAUCUCAGUUUGAUGUGCAGGCUCUCUUAUUAGAAUAUAUUAAAAGAAAUAAGCUUCGUGAUCCUCGACGGAAAAGUCAGAUCAUAUGUGAUUCAAGACUUGAGAAUUUGUUUGGAAAGCCACGUGUGGGACAUUUUGAAAUGUUGAAGCUCCUAGAGUCACACUUCCUCAUCAAAGAGGAUGCUCAGACAAAUGAUCUCCAAGGGAGUGUUGCUGAUACUGAAUCGAGUCAGUUGGAGGCUGAUGGCGCGGAUGGGUUGGGAAAGACUAAGAAAGAGAAAAAACGCAGGACGCGGAAAAAAGGUGAUGAUAGAGGAUUGCAGUCUAACCUUGAUGACUAUGCAGCCAUUGAUACUCACAACAUUAAUUUAAUUUACUUAAAGCGUAAUUUGGUGGAAUAUCUGAUCGAAGAUGAGGAGAGUUUUCUUGUAAAGGUUGUUGGUUCUUUUGUGAGGAUAAGAAUAUCAGGCAGUGCACAAAAACAAGAUUUAUAUCGGCUGGUUCAAGUUGUAGGUACAAGCAAAGCAUCCGAGCCUUAUAAAGUUGGUAAAAAGAUGACUGAUAUCUUGCUAGAGAUCUUGAAUUUGAACAAGACAGAAGUGAUUUCGAUUGAUGUUAUCUCAAAUCAAGAGUUCACGGAGGAGGAGUGCAAGCGACUCAGACAGAGCAUUAAGUGUGGAAUCCUUAACCGUCUGACAGUGGGUGACCUCCAGGAGAGAGCAAUGUCGCUUCAAGAUGCCAGAGUUAAGGAUUGGAUGGAAACCGAGAUAGUUCGACUGAGUCAUCUUCGUGAUCGAGCAAGUGAAAAAGGCCGCCGAAAAGAGCUCAGAGAAUGUGUUGAGAAACUACAGCUUUUGAAGACCCCUGAGGAGCGGCAACGCAGAAUUGAGGAAAUACCAGAGAUACAUACUGACCCAAAUAUGGAUCCAAGUCAUGAAUCUGAAGAUGAAGAUGAAGCAGAUGAUAAGAAACGAGAAACCUACACCUUGUCAAGAAGCACAAGCUUUGGCAGGAGGAUGAGGGAGCCAGUUUCUCCUGGAAAAGGAGGUUCAAAUUUGAAUGAUCCCUGGAGCGGUACUAGAAACUUUUCUAAUAUGAAUCGGGACAUGAAUAGGAACUUGUCUGGCAAAGGCUUCUCUAACCAAGGAGACGAUGCCAUUGGUUCUGGUGAAAUAAUAAACGAACAUUCAUGGGCUCAAGGAAGAGAGAGAGAUGUUAAAAAAACAAACAAGUGGGACAAACAAGUCUCUCCUAGUUCAGAAAUCACUGCUAGGAAUGCCUUGUCUGGGGCCACAUCUGAGAGUUCUGCUGCUGCUCACUCGGUAAAUCCAGCAGUAUCUCCAUCUGUGGGGACUACACAAAAUGCUGCUACAGUUAAUGAAUCGGAGAAGAUAUGGCGUUAUCAGGAUCCUUCUGGGAAAGUGCAGGGACCAUUUUCAAUGGUGCAACUGCGCAAGUGGAGUAACACAGGUUAUUUUCCUGCAGACUUGAGAGUAUGGAGAAUCUCAGACCAGCAAGAGGACUCCCUACUUUUGACCGAUGUCUUAGCGGGAAAGAUCCCGAAGGACGCUCCAUCGACAAGUAACAGUUUCCAAGCACACCCGAGUUCUUCAUUUGUUGGGAAGCCUCAGGUAGCCACCUUGCAGUCAGGUAUGGAUGGUCAGAAUGCUGGUACUUCAAAUUCACAUAGUAAUCAAACUUCUUAUGACCAAUCUUCUGGAGGAAGAUGGAAAUCUCAAAAUGAAGUUAGCCCUACUGGUAGACCUGCCUCGGCUUCGAUAGAAGUCCCCAGGUAUUCAGGAGACAGAUGGUCUUCUGACCAUGGUAAUAAGAACUUCACAAGUCUUCCUUCUCCUACUCCCAGCUCAGGCGGAACAAAGGAGCAGCCAUUUCAAGUGGCUGCGCCAUUCAAGGAGGCGAAGUCACUCUCAGGAGGUGGUGGUGGUGGUUUGCACGGUUCUUCACUUAUGCAAGGGUCUGAAAAUGACUCAUUGCGCAUACAUUCAGGCAGGAAUUCGUCAGAAAAGGGCAUGGGUUUAGGUCUUAUAAAUGCAUUCCAAAAUCAUCAUUCUCAGCCAGUAAGGCUAUCGCCUACCAUCGAUGAUGCUUCGGUUAAUCCAGCUGCUGCAGAUAUUAAGAGCAUUAGUGCAAAUCUUCAUAGUUUAGUACAAUCCAUCAACAGUCGUAAUCCUCCUAUUGAAGCUCAAGGACAGGGGUCUGGCUCCGUCCUGAAACGGGAAACAAAUGCUUCAGAGUCGUGGCAAAAUGCACAAUCUCUUAAAGUUGAAUCGAACAUUUCUUCUAGCAUGCCACCAGCACAAACUCUUCACAGUCGUUGGGGGGAGAUGUCGCCUGCACAAAAUGCUGCUACGUCAUUCAGUGCAGGAAGUUCAACAUCAAGUUUUUCCUCUCCCGGUUUGUCUAAUUUUCCGUCCUCUGACCCUUGGCGAUCUACGCCUCCUAUUCCCAGUAACCCACAACACAUUCAGUCUUCAACUUCGCCCAAUCUUCCUUGGGGAAUGGGUGCUCCAGAAGGUCAAAGUACCGUUCCACGACCGGGUUCGGAGACUCAGAACCAAGCCUGGGGUCCAAUGCCAUCAGGAAAUCCAAACAUGGGUUGGGGUCCAACAGCACCACCUCCAAAUGCUACUGGUAUGAUGUGGGGAACUGCUGCUCAAAGUUCUGGCCCUGCAGGUACAAACCCAGGUUGGAUUCCACCAGGUCAAGGGCCACCAACUGGAAACAACAUUCAAGGAUGGCCAGCGCACCCUCCGGUAAACGCAACUCCGGGAUGGGUUGCCCCCAACGUUGGACCAUUGCCACCUAUGAAUAUGAAUCCCAGUUGGCCCGUCCCAUCCCCGAAUCAGAACAUGUGGGGUAAUGAGCAUAGUAAAAAUGGGGAUAGAUACUCGAACCAAAAGGACAGUGGCUCUCAUGGCGGAGAUCCCGGGAAUGGAGGUAAAUCUUGGGGGAUGCAACCAUCUUUUGGUGGUGGUGGUGGAAGUUCUAGGUCUCCUUACAAUAGAGUGCAAAGACUGUGCAAAUACCAUGAAAGUGGACAUUGCAAGAAAGGAGGAACUUGUGAUUACAGGCACAAGUAGAAAUUAGUUAAUUUGGACAGUCAUUAGAGAUCAAUUAAUUUUGUAUAGUCUUGUUACCAUCGAGAGUUUUUCCUUGUAUAACCUCCUGUUAAAUGUUAUACAUGUGAUAACUUUUGCAGUUCUUUAUUAUGGAAGGGUCUUGAAAAGCAAAUAAUUUUAUUUAAUCA